AUGUCCGUCACACUUGAUCAGUCAGGCACAGAGAAGCCGAAGAAAAGCUUUCUCUCAUCUCUCAAAACCGGUUUCAUUUACCUUGAACUCUUGUUCGCCGCGGGCCCGACCUGGGUUGAUUACUUCCUCAUCGCGUUGGGUACUCUCUGCGCCGUUGGAGCUGGUGUUCCCUUCCCUCUUAUGGGCGUCCUAUUCGGCCAGCUCAUCGACAACUUCAACGGAGCCACUUGCGCCGCAGAUGGUAGCGGUUCGGGAGCCAGCGAUGCAGCAUCUGAUCCUCUUGACUAUGAAAAUGCUAUCAACGACAAGGUUAUAAAGACUGCUUGGAUCGGCGCUAUUGCACUUGUCCUGAUCUAUGGUCAUCUGACCUGUUGGAACAUCAUCAGCCAGCGUCUUGCUCAGCGUUUACGGACUCGCUAUGUGUCCGCACUUCUACGCCAACCUCCAGAAUUCUUCGACACUCGUGGAUCAUCCGGGCAAGUCUCAAGCCGACUCCAAGGCGAUAUCACAGCUGUGCAGGCCGGUACGUCAGAGAAGGUUGGCAACAUCAUCACAACCAUGAGCUUCUUCGUCACUGUCUUUAUCAUUGCCUUCACAAAACAGCCAAGACUCGCCGGUAUCCUCAUUUGCAUGCUCCCAGCCUUUCUUCUUUCCGGAAUACUAGGAGGAAGAUACCUAGGCAAGUUUGUGGUCAAACAGACGGAAGCAUCCGCUGCAGCCUCUUCCAUUGCUUCCGAAGCUCUGUCGCACGUUGCUGUCGUUCAGGCUUUCGGUGCCGCUCCCCGCCUUGAAGAGAAGUUUGCAGAGCACAUGGCCCGUUCUCGCAAGUACGCCAUAGCCAAGUCUUCCAUUGCCGCUAUCCAGACCGGAAUGCUAUACUUCAUCGCUUACUCCGGCAACGCCCUAGCUUUCUGGCAAGGCAGUAAGAAGAUCGCUGAAUCUGUGGCACGAAACGACGGGAGCACGACUGUUGGUGAGAUUUAUGCCAUUGUCUACCUUCUCGUCGACGCUUGCGUCAUGCUGGGAGGAAUGGCACCUACUCUUCCAUUUUUAGGAGCAGCCGUAGGCGCAUUCCAGCGGCUCAAGGAAGACAUUGAUGCUCCUUCAUCCAUCGACGGCACUUCACUAGAGGGUGUUGUGCUACCUCCAAGUGCGGCAAAGACGCUGACAUUCCGCAAUGUGUCAUUCGAGUAUGCCUCUCGGCGAGGCCAACCUGUCCUUGACAACGUCACCCUUGACUUUCCUGCUGGAAAAUAUACGGCGAUUGUUGGGCUUUCGGGGAGCGGCAAAAGUACUAUCGCAUCACUGAUAGCACGCCUGCAUGAUCCCACCGAGGGCACGGUCGAGCUGGAAGGACACGACUUGCGAGAACUCAACGUCAAGUCUCUCCGAAGUUUUAUUAGCUUCGUUCAGCAAGAACCCUCGCUUCUCGAUAGGUCCAUCCUCGAAAACAUCGCACUAGGUCUUGUGAACUCUCCAAAGGAGUCCCACAAACACCUCAAGUCAUUGCUCAAGGGCCCCGAGCUUGCGAAGCUGGCUGCCAAGGGAAAGGACGCACUAGAUUCAGCUGCAUCUCUGGGACCCGAGUUCAUCGAAAUUGCCAAUUUGGUCCGUCACGCCGCUGAGCAAGCUGAUGCGGCCAGCUUCAUUGAACGUCUUGAAUUAGGCUACGGUACGACUGCUGGCCCCAAGGGGUCGCUUGUGAGUGGUGGUCAGAGACAGCGCAUUGCGCUUGCUCGGGCUUUGAUCCGUGAUCCUGAAAUCCUUGUCCUGGACGAAGCAACGGCAGCUCUCGAUUCUGCCAGCGAGAAGAGAAUCCAGCUUGCUGUCGAGAGGGCUGCUGCUGAGAGGAGAACCAUCAUCUCGAUUGCGCAUCGUCUAUCCACUAUACGCAAUGCCGACAAUAUUGUCGUCAUGAAAGCUGGCCGAGUCGCUGAGCAAGGAACUUAUCAUGAUCUUAUGGCCAAAGAGGAUGGCGAAUUUGCGCACAUGGCAAAGCUGCAGACAGUCGGCAAUAAGAGUGACACAGGAUCUGUAGACGGCGAGUCGAUUGGCGCUUCAACUCUCCGAAAUGACACGCAGCUGAACGAAAAGGCCGAGAUUUCUGAGGCGAAACAGUCACUGGAUUCCCAGAUAUUGGGCCGGGAAAAGGAGGAGACCAAGAAGAAAGAAGAAAUAGCAUCAGAUGAUCAUGAGUUGGACGAUGUGAAGCCUUUCAGCUCUGUCAUCAGGGGUCUUGUCUGGUUGAUUCGACCAUCUCUAGGCUGGUUCACUCUCGCCAUGAUCGCUGCCGUCUUCGUUGGGGCUACCUUUUCUGGUUCUGGUAUCAUAUUUGGCUUCACUGUGGGAGCGCUCAACCCUUGUGCAAAUACCCUCGACCACAUAAGAUCCAUGGGCAACAUGUUUGCAGGCCUGUUCUUCAUGCUCGCGGGCGUGGAGCUUAUAGCCAACUUCCUUGCUUGGCUGGGCUUCGGCAUUGUUGCUGAAAGGCUUCUCUACAACCUGCGGGUUCUGUCGUUCCGAUCCUUGCUGGAGCAGGGCAUCCACUGGCACCAGUCUGAAGGACGAACGCCGACCAGCCUCCUUGGCAUCAUUACCAAAGAUAGCAUGUCUGUGGGUGCCUUUAGCGGUUCAACAUUCGGUACCGUGUUUGCCAUCCUCAUAAAUGUUCUCAUCGCGGUCAUUAUCUCCCAUAUCUUUGCUUGGAAGAUUGCCUUGGUGUGUCUUGUGACGCUUCCGAUAUUGCUUGGCUCAGGCUUCAUGCAGCUGCGCAUGCUGGCACGUUAUGAAGAGCGACACCGCGAGGCCUUCUCUACUGCCACCUCACUUGCAACUGAGGCUAUUCAGUCCAUCCGCACAGUGGCCGUCCUAUCUCUCGAGAAUGAGUACAUGGAAGGUUUCGCCCGAUUAUUGAAGCCUCCGAGGGAGCAGGUUGUGCGCGCCUCAGUCACAACUAACAUCUGGCUGGCCAUCUCAUACACAACCGGCACCUUUAUCAAUGCUCUCGCGUAUUGGUGGGGCUCACAGCUCAUCAUGAAGGGGGAGUAUACUCAGAAGGACUUCCUUAUUAUAUUGGUCGCCAUGUUGACGAGUGCCCAGCUUUGGAGUGGCAUGUUCUCACUUGCUCCGGAAUUCUCUCGUGCUCGUCUGGCCCUGUCUCGUGUCAUGACGGUCGUCAACAUGGGAAGUAGCACACACACAGGAAAACCUGGACAGGAUCCCUCCAAGACUGGGGGGGAUAUCGAAGCAUCCGGUGGAGAAAAGUCGCUCAGCCCAGAGGAUAACCAUCGUCGUGGAGGUGCAAAGGUGACGUUCAAGGGCGUUUCCUUUGCUUAUCCUAGCCGACCCGAUGCCACAAUACUCGACAAUGUCUCCUUCGCACUCCCGCCUAACCAGUUUUGUGGUCUUGUUGGUCCUUCAGGGGCGGGCAAAUCGACCAUCAUGAACCUGGUCCAGCGUUUAUACGAGCCCACGUCUGGCAGCGUCCUCAUCGAUGAUAAUGACAUCAGUAAGCUUCCAGCGUCAUUUCGAGAUACAAUUGCUCUAGUCCCUCAAGAUCCUGCCCUCUUUGACGGUAGUGUGCGUUUCAAUGUCGGCUUGGGAGCACCCCCGGGCCAUGAAGCCACGGAUGAUGAGAUUAAGGAAGCUUGCCGUUUGGCGAAUAUCCAUGAUGUUAUUGAGGCCCUUCCUGAUGGCUACGAUACUGAAUGCGGGCCCUCAGCUUCUCGUCUAUCAGGCGGUCAAAGACAGCGCCUUGCAAUCGCCCGCGCUCUUGUUCGUCGUCCCCGGUUACUCCUCCUAGAUGAGAGUACCAGCGCGCUUGACGCCGCCAGCGAAGCAGCCCUUCAAGAGGGACUCGAGAGAGCAUCGAGGGGCACGACAGUACUGGCUAUCACUCAUCGACUGCAUACUGUGCAGAAAGCCGACAUCAUUUUCAUCGUUGAAAAUGGACAGAUUGUUGACAGUGGGCGGCAUUCUCAACUGAUGGAGCGGAGGGAAAGCUACAGACUGAAUGCCAUGCAGCAGAUGUUGCAAUGA